UCUCCAGCUUUCACUCCUGCAGCUUCACUCUGCACCAGAAGACCUCACUCAAACCAUGUCUACCAAAGUCGCCGUGGUAACGGGCAGCAACAAGGGCAUCGGUCUUGCCAUCGUCCGAGCGCUCUGCAAACAGUUUCAGGGAGAUGUUUACCUCACCUCCAGAGACGCCGGUCGAGGUCAGGAAGCAGUUCAGUCUCUGAACUCCGAGGGACUGAAGCCGAUGUUUCAGCAGCUGGACAUCAACGACGUGAACAGCAUCAUCGCCGCCGCCGCUUUCUUCAAAGACAAGUACGGAGGAGUGGACGUCCUCGUCAAUAACGCCGGGAUAGCGUUCAAAAAUGCAGACACGACUCCGUUUGCGGUCCAGGCGGAAGUCACCCUCAAGACAAACUUCUUCGCCACCAGAGACAUGUUGACUCACUUCAUGCCGCUCGUUAAAGCCGGAGGUCGCGUUGUGAACGUUUCUAGCUUCGUCGGCUCCCGCACGUUGAACAAUUGCAGCGCGGCACUCCAGGAGCGUUUCCGCAGCGAGGACAUCACGGAGGAGGAGCUGGUGGGACUGAUGCAGCAGUUCGUGGACCAGACUAAAAAAGGAGAGCACAAGCAGGGCGGCUGGCCCGACACAGCGUACGGAGUCUCCAAGACUGGACUCACGGUGCUGUCCAUGAUCCUGGCUCGUCGUCUGUCUGCGAAGAGACCGAAUGAUCAGAUCUUGCUGAACGCCUGCUGCCCUGGCUGGGUCCGCACUGACAUGGCCGGUGAUAAAGCCCCCAAGUCACCAGAUGAGGGCGCUGUGACUCCGGUCUAUUUGGCUGUGCUGCCGCCCGGAGCCACACAGCCUCAUGGGAAAUUUGUCUCUGACAAAGAAGUGCAGCCGUGGUGAAAGAGACCUGAGACCUGACAGAGUGUGUGUGAGAGAGUGUGUGUGUGAGAGUGUGAGUGUGUGAGUGUGAGGUAAAGAAAGAGUGCCAGUAUUCCCAUCUCAACACUAAUUUUCUAAAAUUUCCAGAUGUGUUCACCAUUUGAAAUUUUGGAUACAAACAUCUCACAAUCUGGCAAGAAUAUUAAACUACGUCACCGACAUAAAUCCAACACAUUAAGACGUUAUAAUCAAAUUCAUUGCUGGACUUUUCUGAGGAUUAUAGAAUUUAGUGCUGAAACCAAAACAGGAAUGAACAUAAAACCAAAAUUAUUUCAGGAAUCACUGCUUUGUGUGUGUGUGUGUGUGUGUGUGUGUGUGUGUGUGUGUGUGUGUGUGUGUGUGUGUCUCUCUCUCUGUCUGUUGGGACAUAAACCAAAUUAUGCAUUAACUCUUUCUGCUGGAUAACCACUGAUGUUUCUGAUUAAACUCGGUUCUCAUUUUGCCUUUCAUAUUUUGGUAUUUUGGUAUUUUGAACACAUUUAUAUUUUGUGUGGAGAAAUGAAAAUUUGUCUUCAGUGCAUUGGA